AUCCUCUCAUACCCUUCCGGCCCAGCGCUUCCCAGGAUGCAAUGCGAACCGGUGACGAGUGAGUUCUUGUUCAAAGGAGAACAAACCAGCAGCGCGAGGAGGAGAAACUGAUACAACUCUGGAGGACUGGAUCCGCUGGGGAAGGAGCUGCCAUCCACACAGGACCCCCCGUGGUGCUGGAGAAGCAGAACAGUAUCAGAGACCUCAUCCACCCAGACCUCUGCUUCAUGUGGCUGAACAGCAGCUCAGGAGCUUCAGAGAAACAGAGUGUUCAACAGAGACUGAAGCUUCAGAGAAACAGAGUGUUCAACAGAGACUGAAGCUUCAGAUAAACAGAGUGUUCAACAGAGACUGAAGCUUCAGAGAAACAAAGUGUUCAACAGAGACUGAAGCUUCAGAGAAACAGAGUGUUCAACAGAGACUGAAGCUUCAGAGAAACAGAGUGUUCAACAGAGACUGAAGCUUCAGAGAAACAGAGUGUUCAACAGAGACUGAAGCUUUAGAGAAACAGAGUGUUCAACAGAGACUGAAGCUUCAGAGAAACAGAGUGUUCAACAGAGACUGAAGCUUCAGAGAAACAGAGUGUUCAACAGAGACUGAAGCUUCAGGAAACAUGAGAGAGGUGCUGCUCUCGGUGGUGAAGCAGCGCCUCACUGCGGCUGCUGAAGAGGUCUUUGUUCUGUUUGAAAGAACGAUAGCAGAGUACGAGGAGGAACUGUCUCGCUCAAAACAGGAGAACGAGAGAAACCGGAAAAUACUGCACGCUGUUUUACAGCCUCAGCUUCAGAUACACAGAGCAGACGCCCCGCAGCUGGUGGUGGUUAAAGAAGAGGUUCCCAUUGAGCAGGAGGAGUUGCACUCCAGUCUGGACCAGGAGGACCCAGAGCCCCGCCCACACAUUAAAGAGGAACCGGAGGAAAUCUGGAGCAGUCAGGAGGGAGAGCAGCUUCAAGGGCUGGAGGAGGCUGAUAUCACCCAGUCCACAUUCACUCCUGUCCUUGUGAAGAGUGAAGAUGAUGAAGAGAAACCUCAGUCCUCACAGCUUCAUCAAAGACAAACUGAACACAUGGAAACAGAAGCUGCUGGAGAGGACUGUGGAGGACCAGAACCAGCCAGGACCUCAGAUCCAGAGAGACAUUUACAACCUGAGACUGAGGACAACCCUGGAGACUCUUCUGAACCUGAGAUUGAGGACAACCCUGGAGACUCUUCUGAACAUGAGACUGAGGACAACCCUGGAGACUCUUCUGAACCUGAGACUGAGGACAACCCUGGAGACUCUUCUGAACCUGAGUCUGAAGACAACCCUGGAGACUCUUCUGAACCUGAGACUGAGGACAACCCUGGAGACUCUUCUGAACCUGAGACUGAGGACAACCCUGGAGACUCUUCUGAACCUGAGACUGAGGACAACCCUGGAGACUCUUCUGAACCUGAGACUGAGGACAGUGGAGACUCUUCCUAACCUGAGACUGAGGACAGUGGAGACUCUUUUGAACCUGAGACUGAGGACAGUGGACACUCUUCUGAACCUGAGACUGAGGACAGUGGACACUCUUCUGAACCUGAGACUGAGGACAGUGGACACUCUUCUGAACCUGAGACUGAGGACAGUGGAGACUCUUCUGAACCUGAGACUGAGGACAGUGGAGACUCUUCUGAACCUGAGACUGAGGACAGUGGAGACUCUUCUGAACCUGAGACUGAGGACAGUGGAGACUCUUCUGAACCUGAGACUGAGGACAGUGGAGACUCUUCUGAACCUGAGACUGAGGACAGUGGAGACUCUUCUGAACCUGAGACUGAGGACAGUGGAGACUCUUCUGAACCUGAGAGUGAGGACAGUGGAGACUCUUCCUAACCUGAGACUGAGGACAGUGGAGACUCUUCUGAACCUGAGACUGAGGACAGUGCUGAUGGUCAGGAUUAACUCUGUGGUAAAGACCCUGUCAGUGUGUAACGUGAUACCUGUGAGUUAAAUCUGAAUGUGAACCAAAAAACCAACAAUUCCUAUAACUUUGAAUAUUCAGAUGAGGAAACCUGCCUGACUGUAUGAACUCUGUUGGACAAUAUUCAUGACUCCAUGUGACCUCCAUCUCUAUCAACAUACUGUGAGUGGACAACAUGUCUAAUGUUUGUGUCUUACUGCUUCUCUGAUUUAUACUACAACCACUGGCUGUGGAUUUAAGGGCUCAGAGUUUCCUUUUAGACAUACAGGAGGAUCUUAUGUGUUGGAUCUGUGUUGGUGAUAUUCCAGCUAACCUUUGGUUGUAGUUAUUUUAUGUGACUUGAUUAAAUCUUAAAUACAUUUCUGACUUAGUUUAAUGUUCAUAUACACAACUGUCAUCUCAUCCACAGCCAGUCCUCGCAUGUUCUGCCUCUAAAUUCUUCUUCUAACUGGAUGCUGAGUCCUGGGAUGAUGACAGCGUAUCUUGAGUUGGAAGGCACAGCUUUCACUGAACAGUGAUGUGGUUUCUCCUUUCAACACAACAUGGUGGAGAAGUUUGCAUCCAACUUGUAGAGAAAGUAAAAGCAACGGCUUUGUUCUUAUUGUUGAGUUGAUGUCACUAUUCUUCAUACUGCGGUUCAAGUCUAAUUAAUUUUACAGACCUUUUUUAUUUCUGUCUUUUAAUGGCCUCUAGAUAUAUCCUGCCGUGUAAUCAUGAGACACGUGAUGCUUUUGAGGAAUCGUUGCUAAUAAACUGAACUGUUGCUGAAA